AUGUCUGAUGAUACCAAUGACAUCUUAGCCACUGGAGACAAGGCAGAAAUUGCAGAGAUGCCCAACAGUGAUUCUUCACCCAAAGAUGCAGAAGUGCACUGUGACUCAGCUACUAUUUCAAGUGAGCCAACAGGAGCUGGACCCAGAGGAGAUGUGUAUGGAAAUGUAUCUGUUCAGGCUGUGGAGACUGCUGACACUGGGUUCCUCCAGCAGUCCACAGAUGCCAGUGCCAUGGAGCCCCUCAACAGAGAAGUGACUGAGGACACACUUGCCAAAUGCAUUGACUCUGUCAGCCUCGAAGGAGAACCUGGAUCAGAUAUACCUCUGAAAGAACAGAAUAAUCUGACUGUGGAUGCCUGUCUGCCUGGAGGGGGCUGGGCAGGCUGGGGCUCCUGGGGCAAAUCUCUGCUCUCAUCUGCAUCUGCCACAGUAGAUCAUGGACUGACAGCAGCUAAGGAGAAAGUGGGGGCCACCCUGUGUAUUCAUAGUGCAAAUUCUGGAUCUCUGGAAGGGAUGGAAAAUGGAGUCCAUCAAACAACAGAUGCAGCCACGGAUCAGAGCCCUACAGAAAUCCCACCUACUCCUCCUUCCUCAAUGUCUCAGGGCAUGCGGUCAGCCAUGACCAAUGUGGUUCAAAACCCAAGUAAAAGCAUCUUAACUGGUGGUCUUGAUACUUUGGAAUUCAUUGGCAAGAAAACCAUGAAUGUCCCCGCGGAAAGUGACCCAGGCUUAGUUCUCAUGGAGAGAACUGUGUCCUUGUCUCAGAUGUUAGAAGCCAAAGAGAAAGAGAAGCAGAGACUGGUGCAACAGCCCGCAGAGAGGACUGUGCCCUAUGGGAUGCUGUUUGACGAGCAUCAAGGCUUGUCACACCUGGAAGUCCUGGAAAUUCUGCCCAAUGAAAGCAAAAGCAAGGUUCGGGCACUUUUAGCAUCACUUGAUGGAGAGAAGCUGGAGCUCUUAAAACAUGACCUAAUUUCCAUUAAAGACAUCUUUGAAGCCAAAGAAUUAGAGAAUGAAGAGAAUCAAGAAGAACAAGGCUUAGAAGAAAAGGAAGAAUUUGCUUGCAUGCUUACAGAGCUUCUCUUUGAAUUACGUGUUGUGGCCACACCUGAAAAACUCAAUAAGGCAACGAGAAAAGCUCAUGACUGGGUGGAAGAAGAUGAAGCCACGGUGUCAGGAGAUAUGGCAAAAGAGUCUGAGGAGAAAACUAAGAAGGAAGAAAAAGAAGAGAAGCCUGAAAACCCUGAAGAAGACAAAAAGGAAGAAAGGAGAACUAAGAUAGCAGCAGAAGUGCACAUGUUGUCCUUUGAAAGUCUGGCAGAAGAAACAGUAUGCUGUUUUGAACAACUUCAUAAAGUAACAGAAUUAAUUCUUCAUGGACAAGAAGAGGAAAAACCAACUCAGGACCAAGCAGAAGUUCUGAUAAAAUUAACUACUGCAAUGUGCAAUGAAGUUGCUUCCUUAUCAAAGAAGUUUACAAAUUCUUUAACCACUGUUGGGAGCAACAAGAAAGCUGAGGUCCUUAACCCCAUGAUCAAUAGCGUUUUGUUAGAGGGCUGCAAUAGCACGACAUACAUACAGGAUGCCUUCCAGCUGCUGCUGCCCAUUCCACAGGUUUCACAUAUCCAGCCCAGUGGUUUGAAAGCCCAGCCAUUACCUCACCAGACUCCAUCUAGUUUAGGAAGUGGCAGACCAUGUAGCUUCAGUGUAUGA